ACUAGAAAUCAAUGGCCGUUACUUUAAAAAUAUGCCACAGCAGAUGCUAAAACGCAUUAGAAUAUUACUUGUUCCAACUCUGAACAACCUUCCCUCUGACUCUCCCAAGAACAGAGAAGGAAGAAAGCACCCUUCUUUUUUCUUCGAAAAGGAUCUAACCUCCUUUUGACAAAAGCAUGGCUGCUUGCGGUGAGAUCAUGAGCUUUUCCGAGACUUCAUUCCUCACCAUCAGUGGACCUCUUUUGCGCAGGGGGAAUCACAAGAAGCACUGUCUUGCCUUCCCUGUUCUCUAUCCCGAUGAACCAGGAAGGGGGAGAAGGAUAAGGCCUGCAAAGACCAUGCCAACGCCAGUGAAAGCGGCAACCAAUGAGGAUGUGGUCAAGAUGAUGGCUGGGAAGCAGGCUAAGAUGGAUAAAGUCAUGCUCAGGGCUGCGUUGACCGUGAGAAGGAAGCACAAAGAGGACAUAAAGGAAGCGGUUGUUAACCAGCUUGAUGCUCUUACAGAUAGGAUUGGCUGGAAUGUGGCGUUGGAGCUCAUCAGCACUGAGAUCAAUCCGAGAACUAAAAAGCCAAAGACAAGCAGAGAAACGGUGAUCAAGGAUUGGUAUGAGAAGAAGAAUGCCAAGGGAGAGCGUGUAGUGUAUACUGCACACUUCGAGGUGGACUCUGGUUUCGGUGAGCCCGGAGCAAUCACAGUGAUCAACCGCCACCAGAAAGAGUUCUUCUUGGAGAGCAUAGUUGUUGAAGGGGAAGGCUUUGCAUUUGGACCAGUUAAUUUCCCCUGCAACUCUUGGGUUCAAUCCAACAAGGACCUUCCCAGCAAGAGAAUUUUCUUCAGCAAUAAGCCAUAUCUACCGUCCGAGACACCGACAGGACUUAAGGAACUCAGGGAAAUGGAACUCAAUGAGCUAAGAGGGGAUGGAAAAGGCAUUCGGAAGUUAUCAGACAGAGAAUAUGACUAUGCAACAUACAAUGACUUGGGCAAUCCUGACAGAGGAUCUGAGUUUGCCAGGCCGACACUUGGAGGUGAGAAGAUCCCAUAUCCAAGGCGAUGCAGGACCGGCCGUUUGCCGACCGACACAAACAUGCUAGCUGAGAGUCGAGUUGAGAAGCCACAUCCAAUCUACGUGCCACGUGAUGAGGCAUUUGAAGAGCUAAAACAAGGAGCUUUCACUGCUGGAAGGCUAAAAGCCGUGCUGCACAACUUCAUUCCAUCACUCAUUGCAUCCAUCUCUGCUGAUAACCAUGACUUCAAAGGAUUCCACCACAUUGACAACCUCUACAAGGAGGGCCUCAUCCUGAAGCUUGGCCUCCAGGAACAUCUCUUCAAGAAGCUCCCAUUCGUUAAAAAGAUACAAGAAUCAAGUGAAGGUCUGCUCCGAUAUGACACCCCAAGAAUCCUUACAAAGGACAAAUUUGCAUGGCUCCGAGAUGAUGAAUUUGCUCGGCAGGCAGUUGCAGGGAUCAACCCUGUCAGCAUAGAAAGGCUUCAGGCGUUCCCUCCAGAAAGCAAACUUGACCCUGCAGUUUAUGGCCCAGCUGGAUCAGCAAUCACAGAAGCCCACAUAAGCGGUCAACUCGAUGGGUUGACAGUUCAACAGGCGGUGGAGGAGGCGAAGCUGUUCAUGUUGGACUUCUACGACAUAUGCCUGCCAUUCGUCGACAGAAUCAACGUAAUGGAUGGCCGAAAAGCGUACGCGACGAGGACCCACUUCUUUUUGACUCCGAUCGGAACGCUUAAGCCGAUAGCGAUUGAGCUUGGACUCCCUCCCCAGCAACCAGGCGCAUCCCGUCCCAGCGUGGUGCUGACGCCGCCUCGUGACGCUACUUCCAAUUGGCUGUGGAUGCUUGGGAAGGCCCACGUCUGCUCCAACGACGCCGGUGUUCACCAACUGGUCAACCACUGGCUGAGGACGCACGCCACCAUGGAGCCUUUCAUAAUCGCAGCUCACCGGCAGCUGAGCGUGAUGCACCCGGUGUUCAAGCUUCUGCAUCCGCACAUGCGGUACACGUUGGAGAUCAACGCGCUGGCGCGGCAGAGCCUGAUCAACGCCGACGGCGUCAUAGAGUCCUGCUUCACUCCCGGCCCCAUAGGCAUGGAGAUGAGCGCCGCCUUCUACAAGCACCUUUGGCGAUUCGACCUCGAAGGGUUACCGGCUGAUCUCAUCCGAAGGGGCAUGGCAGUGGCCGACGCCACGCAGCCGCACGGCCUCCGCGUCAUCCUCCCGGAUUAUCCCGACGCCGACGACGGUCUCCUCCUCUGGUCCGCCAUCGCCCGCUUCGUCAGCUCCUACGUCCGGAUCUACUACCCGGAUUCGGAAGCCAGCCGAGUCCGCUCCGACUCGGAACUCCAGGCGUGGUACCACGAGUGCGUCAACGUGGGCCAUGCGGACCACCGCCACGCCUCGUGGUGGCCGCGGCUAGACACCCCGGACGACCUCGUCUCCUUGCUCACCACCCUCAUCUGGCUCGCAUCUGCCCAGCACGCGGCCCUAAACUUCGGCCAGUAUCCCCUCGGCGGAUACGUACCGAGUCGACCUCCGCUGAUGCGGCGACUCAUCCCCGAUCCCGAGCGCGACGCAGACGAAUUCAGAGCCUUCCUCGCCGACCCGCACUGCUUCUUCCUCUCCGCCCUGCCCAGCGUCCUGCAGGCGACCAAGUUCAUGGCCGUGGUCGACACGCUUUCGACGCACUCGCCGGACGAGGAGUACCUUGGAGAGACAAGGGACGGCACCGCCCCAUGGACGGCGGACGAAGAGGCCGCGGCGGCGUAUAGGGCGUUCGCAGCGGAGGUGGCGGCCGCGCAGGAUGAGAUCGAUCGACGGAACGCGGACACGAAUCGGCGGAAUCGGUGCGGGGCCGGAGUGCUGCCCUACGAGUUGAUGGCACCGAGUUCAGGACCCGGCGUUACGGGACGUGGCAUAGUUUGCAAAAUCGCGAUUCGGAUCGUAGGAUCGUACGAUCCUACGAUCCUAAGACCCAAAAUCGAUCCAGGAUCGUGCAGAAUCGAGUUUUGCAGCAGGAUCGUAGCAGGAUCGGUAGGAUCGGUAGGAUCGGAACAGGAUCGGUAGGAUCGUAACAGGAUCGGAACAGAAUCGGAGCAAGAUCGGUGGAAGCUUUGAGAGGUCAUAACUUUUGACUCGGAUUGAACCACGUGGCCUAUAAUAUAUCAAAUCGAAGCUCGUUCAGAGAUCUUUAAUAAAUUUCAAAGUUUAUCCUUAACCACCCUAUU